UUGACAAUAAAACCCUAGUACUAAAACCCUGCGUUCUUGAAGUUUAGGUGUGGGAACCCUAAUUUUGUCGAGGUAGAUUGGAGGAUCUGCAAUAUCUGAGUUUCUGGUUUAUCAAUGGCGAAAAAGCGAAAGACUGCCUCCAAGCCUGAACCAGUAGUUAAACAGGAAGAACCCAUCUUUGAAGAAGAGGUGGAGCCAAAACCAGAGACGAAAGAAGCAGAAGAAUCGGGUUCAGAGUCUGAGUCAUCUGAUUCUGAAUCUGAAGAAUCAGAAGAGUCUGAUUCAGAAUCAGAGGAGAAAGAAGAAUCAUCUGAAUCGGAAGAGGAAGAAAAGAAAGGGAAGAAGAUUGAUAGAGAGAAGGUGAAGAAGCUCCUUGAGCCCUUUGGGAAAGACCAAUUGGUUGACAUCUUGAGAGAAAUCUCAGUGAAGAAUCCAUCUUUCAUCUCCAAGAUCAACAAAGCGGCAGAGCACGACCCCUCUCAUCGAAAGAUCUUUGUUCAUGGCCUUGGUUGGGAUGCCACGAAUGAAGCUCUAAUUUCGAUUUUCAAAAAGUUUGGAACCAUUGAAGAUUGCAAAGUGGUCUCUGACAAGCUCACUGGUCGAGCAAAAGGCUAUGGAUUCAUCCUCUUCAAACACAGGUCUGGAGCUCGAAAAGCCCUAAAACAACCACAGAAAAAGAUAGGUAAUCGACUAACUUCAUGCCAGUUAGCUUCUGCUGGUCCAGUUCCAACGCAACAUCCAGGUCCUGAUUUAACAGGCAAAAAAAUCUAUGUGAGCAAUGUAGCAUCUGAUAUAACCCCACAAAAACUCUAUGCUUUUUUCUCAAGAUUUGGUGAAAUAGAGGAAGGGCCAUUGGGAUUAGACAAAGUCACUGGAAAACCGCGCGGGUUUGCCAUUUUUGUUUACAAAUCACCUGAAAGUGUGAAGAAGGUAUUGGAAGAGCCAUUCAAGAAUUUUGAGGGCCAUAAUUUGCAUUGCCAAAAGGCAGUAGAAGGGAUGAAAUUAAUCAAAGCGGGGCCCAAUAUGGCGCUGAAUUCCGGUGUGGGGCCCUCUCUCAAUGCCCUUUUGGCAGCGGGCCAGGGUCCGGGCAUGCGGAUCCCACCUGUUCUGAAUCCAAGUGGGGUUGGGGUUUCACCUGUGGUUAACCCAAGUGGGAUAACUGGGGUCUCCCCUUCUUUGAACCAGGGGGUUUCAGGGGUUAAUUUGGCAAAUGCUGGUUCAUUUGGUUCUUCAGGUUUGAGUGGUUAUGGAGCUCAACACCAGCAAGGACUUAGUGGGAUCAAUAGUGUGAACCCCAGUGUUGUUGGGAAUUAUGGGUCUCAGGCUGCUCUUCAAGGGUUGGGUGCUUAUCAGAACCCACAAGUGGGUGCUCAGGCCUCGGCUGUCAGGUCUCAGGGUAUGGGGCCAUUGGGUGGAUUGACUUCGUAUCCUGGUUAUUAGGUUGAGAAAUCUCAGUGGCCAUGUUGGACAUCUAUGCCCACAGGAUAAAGGAUCUUUCCCCAGGUUUUGUCUAUCUAAAGAAAGGAAAGGGAAGACUUCUGAAUGUUUGCUAAUUAGUUAUAACUUGUAAGAAAUUGAAGAGAUUUCUAUUGAUCUAGACUGCCAUAUGGUGAAUUGUGACUUUUGUUCCAA